AAAAGAAAAUUUUACUUAUCCUGAGGGAGAAGGAAAUUCCCGCUCACCCUGAGGGAGCCGCCAUUUUAUGGAUUUCCUUGGGAGAAAGGAAACCCCCGUUUUCCAGGAGAUUCCCGGAGGCAGAGGCCAAAUCCUGCGUUCCCUGAGGGAAAACCUCAUUCCCUCUCAUCCCAACCCCCAGAACAUCCCUCCCUUUCCCCCUCUAAUCCCGAUUUUCCCCCCGUUUUCCCCCAGCGCCGGAUCCAUGGCGGGGCGGGAGAGGCCGCGGCGGCUCCUGCGGCUGGUGCAGGAGGGGAAGGUGGAUCUCCUGAGGGCCGAGCUGCUUCCAGAGGACAUUCCAGAGGCGAGGAGCCGGCGCUGGGGCCGCCUGGGGGACACCCUGCUGCACCACGCCGCAAGGCUGGGACACAGGGACGUGCUGGAAUUCCUGGUGCGGGAGCUCGGGAUGGACGUGGAGGCGGCCAACGGGGACUACAAGAGGCCCAUCCAUGAGGCGGCUUCCAUGGGGCACGGAGAGUGCGUGUCCUUCCUCCUGGAGCGCGGGGCCAGCGUGGACUGCCUGAAGAAGGGAGACUGGACUCCCCUCAUGAUGGCUUGCACCAGGAAAAACCUGGAGGUGAUCAGAUCCCUGGUGGAGCACGGGGCCAACCCGCUGCUGAGGAAUAAGGAUGGCUGGAAUUGCUUCCACAUUGCCAGCAGGGAAGGGCAUCCCGAGGUGCUCCGGUACCUCCUGGAUGUGUCCCCAGGGAUCUGGGACACGGAGAGCACCAUCGGGAGGACACCCCUGCACACGGCAGCCAUGCACGGCUGUUCCCGGGUCGUGGAGCUGCUCCUGGAGCGGUGCCACUACCCACCUGACAGCAGGGACAGGUGUGGAGUCACUCCCUUCAUGGAUGCAAUCCAGAACGGGCACCUCGACAUCGCCCGGAUGCUCCUGGAAAAACACCAGGCCUGUCCCACAGCCACGGAUGCCUUGGGAGCUCAGGCCCUGCACAGGGCAGCUGUGACAGCCCAGGAUGGAUCCAUCCAGUUCCUGGUGUCCGAGCUGGGGGUGGAUGUCAACGGAAGAGCCACUUCCCUGCGGAUCCCGGCCCUGCACUACGCGGCCAAGGCAGUGAGAAUCCUUGGAGCUUUCUCCUCCUCCUCCUGUGUGGGAAGCAGGGCCUGAUGGGCUGCGAGUCCUGCAAAGCAGAUCCCGAAAUCCUGCUGACCAGGGAUCCCUCCUGCCUGGAAUUGUUGCUCCACACAACAGGGAACAUCCCUGCCAGGGCAGCCAGGGAACAUCCCUGCCCGGAUCCCGGGAUUUUAAACCUCCUGGGCUCCAACCUGCAGCUCUCAGAGCCUGGUCUAGACUUGCAGUGGGAAUAAAGCAGCAUCCCAGUGCCCCCAUUCCUAUAAAAGCCUCCCUGGGAAUGCUGGCAGCGGGAUCCAGCUCCACAAAGGAGCCCUUUUCUCCCGGCUCCCCUUUCCCUCCUGCUCCCAGAAAAACCCUUCUGGUUGCCAAGGGGAUGUUUUUGGGGAAUACAAUGUGCCUUGGAGAAGAUCCCAGCUCUGGCCUGGCUGAUUAGGGAAGGGUUGGAUGGGAUUCUCUCCCUCGCCCGGGCUCGGUGUCACUUUGGAUUUACACCAUCAUUUCUUUGGGU